AUGAGCCCCUUGUUCGAAUUUGAAAGUGCGCAUUGGCAGUUUAAUGCAGGCCCAUCGACAUCAGCGCUUAAUCCCUGUUUCGAUCCCAUGCCAAAAUGGAAUUGGUUCACGGGUCACCUUCUCGUCCUCCAAGAAUAUGUUGACCGUCUACCACCCGAUGGCAAUGUGCAACUUGCCAUUCAAACCCUAGCGUUGGAGAAAUAUGCCGAUACCGAAGUCUUUCUCAUGGACACUUGGCCCGUUUAUCCACCAUUCUAUAUGGUCUUCGAUCCACAAACAGCUUAUCAAGUUUCGAACAAGUAUAACCUGCCUAAGCUUCCACUGCACCUCAAAUUCAUGCAUCCAAUCACAGGUGGGCCAAGUCUUCACGGUAUGAAUCAUGAGGAAUGGAGAUAUUGGCGUGCUAUCUUCAACCCCGGAUUUAGUGGUGGUAGUAUGAUGGAUCUUGUACCCGCGGUGGUAGAUUCGGUUCAGGUAUUCUGCGAUAUACUACGUGAGAACGUUGGAUCAAAGGACCCAGUUCAGUUGAGCGGCUUAACAACACGAUUGACGAUGGAAAUCAUUCUGAAAGUGAGCUUGGAUAUGGACUCGAAUCAUCAGCGCGUGGAGCAUCCGAUUUCAAUUUCAUUGCGAAAGAUUUUGGCAUGGCAUUCUUUUUGGGAUCCACGUGUACUCAUCAAUCCUGUUCGACCAUUUGUUCAAAAAUAUCAUAGCAAGCUCAUUGAUAUGUCUAUCAGGAAAGAGCUUGAGAAGAGAUUCAUCGAAAUGAAACAGGACCAGGUACAGACGCAGGAAGAGGGAAAACCAAAGGCGGCCUCUAAAAGAGGGAAAUCUGUUAUUGCACUUGCCUUGGAGGCCUAUCUUGCUGAUCCUAAGAGUGGUGAAGCAAAGAAUGUCGGAGAGACAAGUGUGUUGGAUGAGCAUUUCGCCAAAUAUGCCUCUUAUCAAAUCCGCCUCUUUCUUUUCGCAGGAAGCGACACAACCUCAAGCACCAUUUCCUACGUCUACCAUCUCCUUUCCAAAAAUCAUGAUGUCCUUCGUCAAGUGCGAGAAGAGCACGAUCGUGUUUUUGGAAGCGACCCCUCAGCUGCUGGUCAACAGAUCAAAUCUGACCCAACUCUUCUGAAUGAUUGUCCUCUCACACUCGCAGUAAUCAAAGAGACCCUUCGGCUUUUCCCUCCUGCAUCGACGAGUCGAGGAGAGUUAACAGAUACACAGGCUACUCUAACAGAUCGACACGGCAACUUGUACCCUAUUGACUAUGUUGGCGCUAAUAUCCUUCACCCCGCCUGUCACUUAAAUCCUCGUGCCUGGCCAAGAGCAAGGGAGUUCCUUCCAGAAAGGUGGCUUGUGGAAGCAGGACACGAACUAUACCCAGUCCAAGGUGCAUGGCGCCCAUUCGAGCACGGCCCUCGCAAUUGUAUCGGGCAAACACUUGUGUAUAAUGAGAUACGCGUGGUUCUCGCGAUGAGCUUGAGAUCCUUUGACAUCUCGCCGGCUUAUGAUGAGUGGGAUACACUUAAGCUGCAGAGGGAGGGGCUGGUGAGUCGGUUGACUCGACGGUUUGGAAAGGAGGUUCCUAAUACUCUUAAUGGUGAGAGAGCCUACCAAACUGAGCUGGCUGGUUAUCCAAAAGAUGACUACCCAUGUCGCAUUGAAUUGCGUAGUCCAUCAGUCUGA